AUGACUUCAGUCUUGUUCAGAUCCAAAGCGUUGGCCGGCUCUUGCAGUGAGAGGACUAUCGCCAUCAGUCAUGGUAAGUGAGCAAGAAGCUUCAUGAUCUGGAUUGAAAUAUCUGUAUAGCUAUAUCUAGAUUCUUCUAUGGAAAGCCACUUAGAGAUGGUCUUGUUUUAUUGGGUGCCCUGCAAAUGCAGACAAUAAAAUCAAUAAAUUAUAUCAGGGUUGGGGAAAUGUUUUCAGUCAGGGUUCACAUUCCCUUCUGGACAACCUUCCUUGGUUGUCAGGCUUAAGUCGGCAGAGCAACAUACAGGAUAUCCACCUUUGUACAGAAGGCUAGAUUCUACUAGGGAUGGGUGAAUCUGCCAGUUUGAGUUUCUCAAUUUUUCCACUCAUAAAAGUCCAGUUCUCCAGAUUUCCACACCAGUAUGUGAUUUUUUUAAAAAAAGUUUUCAUGAAAAUUCAACAAUAUUUUUGUAUGAAUCCCUCCAGUGGACCCAUAUAUACACAAUUUUGCCCAAUGUACACAUUUUAUGUAAGGCAAUUUCCCCUUACACAGUGCAUUUUUGUCUCCUAUUUUCACCAAUACACUUUACCCUGUGUUUUUGUGCAUGUAUGACUUGGAUGGAGAACAGCACUGCAAAAUUUAGAGAGGUGCACAUUUCGAAGCAUGACUGGGUUCCGGUUGACAGGAUGUGGUGGAACUCCAUCCUUAACUAAGGGUGACAUAUGCUUUUGGGUGCCGAGUCAUCAGAGGCUAUCAGUCCUUGUGGUCAGUCCUACCCUUGACUCGAUGAAUGCACAAAUUUGCCCAUCCUGAGUGAAUGUUUGAGAGGAAUCGUGUGCAAAAAGCACCUGCAGAUCUGUUGCACAACUGCAUGGACCUCCUCUUCCUCCCCUUCCACAUUUAUGGCAGAGACGUAGGCCCUGGUCUGCACCACUUUUAACAAUCAUGGCUCCCCCAAAAGAAUCCUGGAAAAUAUAAUUUGUUAAGGGUGCUAAGAGCUAUUAGGAGCCCAGAGAUGGAAAGAAGAUAAAGUCCCUACCGGAGAAGAAUGGCAAAUCGAGUUGAUGGACUAUGCCAAAAUGGCAAAACUGACCGGAAGACUCGGGGAUCAGGAAGACCAAAACUUUAAUAAAGAAUGGGGGGAAAUUAUAAUUUACCUCGAAGGCCGCUGUAAGCAGUUGAAAACGUUAGCAGGAUUUCAAUAAUACUUGUAAUGUAAUGAGAACUAUGGACACAAUGGAAUUAUAAAAAAUUGGAUUAUUAAAAUAAAGAUGCAGCAGAAAAGAUUUAACAACAGAACCCAUGGAGGGGAAGGUGGGACGUCCAGAGGUUUGUAGGAAUUUUGUAACUUAGAAUGUGUUGUGGUAUGAUUGUAAACUCAAACAUGUAAAAUCAUUCAAUCACAAAGACACGCACACACGAGUUAUUAGGAGACCACUUUUUCCCACAGGGGGACGUGGGUGGUGCUGUGGUCUAAACCAGAAAGCCUAGGGCUUGCUGAUUGGAUGGUCGGCGGUUCAAAUCCUUGUGACGGGGUGAGCUCCCAUUGCUCGGUCCCUGCUCCUGCCAACCUAGCAGUUCGAAAGCACGUCAAGUGCAAGUAGAUAAAUAGGUACCGCUCCGGCUGGAAGGUGAACGGUGUUUCCGUGCGCUGCUCUGGUUCGCCAGAAGCGGCUUAGUCAUGCUGGCCACGUGACCCGGGAGCUGUACGCCGGCUCCCUCGGCCAGUAAAGCGAGAUGAGCGCCGCAACCCCAGAGUCGGCCACAAAUGGACCUAAUGGUCAGGGGUCCCUUUACCUAUUCCCCUUACUGAGCUACAACUCCCAGAGUUCUAUAAUAACCAAUUCCUCUUUCCAGGGAACUCUGGGAAUUGUAACUGUGAGGGGAAUAGGGGUCUCAUAACAAUUCUUAGCAUUGUUAAGCUUCCCAGGAUUCUCCAGGGUUUCAGACUGGGGUUCUUCCCAACCCUACCUGAAGUUACUGGGGUUUGAACCUUCUUCUUCUUCUUCUUCUUCUUCUUCUUCUUCUUCUUCUUCUUCUUCUUCAUCAUCAUCAUAAUAAUAAUAAUAAUAAUAAUUUAUUUAUACCUUGUCCAUUUCCCCAGCCACUCUGGGCGGCUUCCAACAAAAUAUUAAAAAUACAUUCCCCAGGACCUCUGCCACCUCCCUUCCUUACAGGCACAUGAGAACGUAUUUCUGAAUCCCUGCUAGUGAACUAUUGCAGAAUCUGAAGAAGUGUGCAUGCACACGAAAGCUCAUACCAAUAACAAACUUAGUUGGUCUCUAAGGUGCUACUGGAAGGAAUUUUAUUUUAUUUUAUUGCAGAAUUGUUUUCUUAUUAACCAUUCUGCCACAACCGGGCGUGGUCCUGAGUGCAAUUCCAUUUCUGAGCGUGAUGCAAAAAACAGGUCUUUCAGUCAGCAGGGAAGAAGCAUCAGCUUGCAAGGACUAGCUUGUGGGAUCUCCGCAGAAUGACGGGUUAGGAACAGGCUUCCCGUUAUCUUUCUGGUGCAGGCGGUGGAUUUAUCAGGACUGCUCAGCUGCGCACUUACUACUUCUCACACAGCUGGCCAGCAUUCAGCUUGGGUUCUCAUUCUGCAGAGGAGCGAGCUGAGAGUGGUAAGUCUAAAACCAUUUCCCCCACAGGUACAUAGGAAACUGUCCUGUGUCAGGACAGGUUGUUUGUCCAUCUAGAGCAGCGUUUCCCAAACUUGAGUCUUCACCUGUUUUUGCAUGAGCCAGGACUGAGCUGUGCUCCAACAUCUUCAGUGACUCUGCAAGGAAUUCUCAAGGAAGUCUCUUGGGUCGUUUGGUGCAUCUUUGCAAUUCCCCUAAGGAUAUUGCAGUCUCAAGAGUUAUUUUCCACCUUGGGCUCUUUUGGGAGGAAGGGCGGGGUAUAAAUAUAGAGCAGUGGUUCUCAAACUUUUUCCUCUGGUCCACACUUUCCGAUUAAAAAUUUGCUUGUGCCACACCCAAUGCUUUUAUCGAUAAGAAAUGCACUGGAAAACAAAAAGAAACAGCUCCUAGCAGCGCUUGAUCUGGAAAAGAUAUCUAUCCAUAUUCUGCAAAUUUUAAAAAGUCAAUACUACACUGAAAUGUUUAAAUAUCUUUGAUUGUCCUUGAAUCUUUCCACCGCACCAAGAUGCAAUCACAAACUGCUGAGAUUGUGAUUUGUCAAUCUAAUAAAUUGUAUGCUUCCUUUAUUCCAUUGUAUUUAUCCCUGCCAAGGUAUGUGGUAGAUUUACCAAAUGUUGAAAUGAGGGUAGCCUUUACACAGGCAAGACUAAACGUCCUUCCAUUAGAUUGGACGGGCUGUCCGAAGGAGGACAGAGUUUGUGGCUGCAACUCUGUGUCAACAGAAGACACAACUCAUAUACUCCUUGAAUGCUCUUUUUGUAAUAAUAUUAGAAACAACUACAUCCACCCAUUGCUAAGAUCGUAGAAGGGGAGGCCAUCUCUUGCAAAGACCUGUUUUCUGUUGUCUGAUGUAGAGAAGUUAUAUAUCCUUUAGAACAUCCAAAUUUCUUACUAAGGCUCUACACAUUCAUGUAACAAAAUUUAAAGGGGGUAUGGGAAAUGAUUUAUCCUCUAAAGGUCGAGAGUAGAAAUGUAAACCACUAUUAGCAGCAGUAUUCUUGUUAUUUUUAUUCGUGUAAUGGCUGUUUGUUAAAACACAAUAGGUAAACGGUAAGGUAACGCAGGACGUGGGUGGCGCUGUGUCUAAAGCCUGAGCCUCUUGGGCUUCCUGAUCAGAAGGUUGGCGGUUCGAAUAUCCUGCAACAGGGUGAGCUCCCGUUGCUCUGUCCCAGCCCCUGCCAACCUAGCAGUUCGAAAGCACGUCAAAGUGCAAGUAGAUAAAUAGGUACCACUCCGGUGGGCAGGUAAACGGUAUUUCCGUGCGCUGCUCUUGUUUCACCAGAAGCGGCUUAGUCAUGCUGGCCACAUGAUCCGGAAAAACUGUCUCUGGACAAGCGCUGGCUUCCUCGGCCUGUAAAGCGAGAUGAGUGCCGCAACCCCAGAGUCGUCCACAACUGGACUUAACUGUUAGGGGUCCUUUACCUUUUUUCCCAAGGUAAGGUAAAGGGCCCCUGGAUGGUUAAGUCCAGUCAAAGGCGACUAUGGGGUUGCAGCGCUCAUCUCGCUUUCAGGCUGAGGGAGCCGCCGUUUGUCCACAGACAGCUUUCCGGGUCAUGUGGCCAGCAGGACUAAACUGCUUCUGGUGCAGCGGAACACUGUGACGGAAAGUAGAGCGCACAGAAACGUUGUUUCCCUUCCCGCCGCUAUGGUACCUGUUUAUCUACUUUCACUUGUAUGCUCUCGAACUGCUAGGUUGGCAGGAGCUGGAACAGAGCAACAGGAGCUCACCCCGUCAUGGGGAUUUGAACCACUGACCUUACGAUCGGCAAGCCCAAGAGGCUCAGUGGUUUAGACCACAAUGCUACCUGCGUCCCUAAAACACAAAAAACUGAACUGCACCACCAAAUUUGCCAUCCUUUCCUGCCACACCGAUGUGGCGCAUCUCACCCUCUGAGAACCACUGCUCUAGAGAUAUGGGCGCUGCCUUCUUUCAAGUCAGGCCAUUGGUUCAUCUGUCUCUCCAUUGUUUGGCCCCAGUUCUGCAGGACUUCAGGCACAGAUCUUUUCUAACCUGACUUGGAAGAUGCAGGGGAUUGGACCUGUGAUGCUCUGCCACUGAGCUAGCACUCCUGUCUCAAAGCGAUGUCUUUAAAACUCACCCAGCGCUGGGUAUCAAAGAGUUUCUAAGAGAUCUGCCUGUUGCCAGCGCUUUGUCUGAUAUGGAGCCAACUAUUCUGGUCCCAUAGAAGCAACAGAUGAAAGAAUAAGCAAGGGGAUACUUUCUGUCUCUCUCCUGACCGGUGUGUCAGCUGAUGAAAGAAUACACAAGGUUUUGAGUUACAGAAAACUCUUUAAACGGGCUGCGAUCCCUUUGUAUGGGCUUUUUGAACAGCUCUUCUUACACUAACCUCCUGCUUCUCAUUCUCUCUCCCCCCUCCAAAUCUCUUGUGUUGGUAGAUUUAAAAGUAUUCCUCCCAAAAUAUGUGACCUCUGGUUCAUCCUCAUUCCUUUCCUGUGGAGGGGAAGUUCUGCUCAUCGGAUGAGCCUUCCCUGCUCCUUUCCUUUGGCAGCUCUCUGCUGAAAAUGUGCUCCUCGGCCUUGAGCAAGCUUUGGGAAUGGGGCAGCGAGUGUAAAUGGAGGGAGGAAAUGGACACAGUGCUCCUCCCAUUCCAUUAACAGAGAAGCAACCUGGGAACCAUCUGAAGGAGUCUUCCUUCAGGGAAGGACUUUAGCUCAGUGGCAGAACACCUGCUUUGGAUGCAGAAGGUCCUAGGUUCAAUUCUUGGUGCCUCCAGGUAGCACUAGGGAAAUCCUGGAGAGACACUGCCAGUCCGUGUAGACAAUACUGAGCUAGCUGGACCAAUGUUGUGAUUGGUAUAUGGUAGCCUUCUAUUCUAUUUUGGGAUGCGGGAUGCGCUGUGGGUUAAACCACAGAGCCUAGGACUUGCCGAUCAGAUGGUCGGCGGUUCGAAUCCCCGCGACGGGGUGAGCUCCCGUUGCUCGGUCCCAGCUCCUGCCAACCUAGCAGUUCAAAAGCACGUCAAAGUGCAAGUAGAUAAAUAGGUACCGCUCCAGCGGGAAGGUAAACGGCGUUUCCGUGCGCUGCUCUGGUUCGCCAGAAGCGGCUUAGUCAUGCUGGCCACAUGACCCGGAAGCUGUACCCUGGCUCCCUCGGCCCAUAAAGCGAGAUGAGUGCCGCAACCCCAGAGUCGGCUGGACCUAAUGGUCAGGGGUCCCUUUACCUUUACCUUUAUCUUAAUUUAGGACUGGGGUUUUUAGAGGAAGGGGCAUAGCUCAGUGGUAGAGCACCUGCUUUGCAUGCAGAAGGUCUCAGGUUCAUUCCCCGGCAGGUGGAUCUGGGAGUGAUACGUGCCUCGAAUCCAGGAUAGCUGCUGCCAGUCAGAUCAGGCAGUGCUGAGCUAGAUAGACCAAUGGUCUGACUCGGUAUAAGGGAGUUUGGUUGGCAGCACCAAAUACUAGCAAGAAAGGAAAAAGGGUACUGGGCAAUUGAAUUUUAUAAAAUAGUAAAAUGACCAAUGUACAGGGGCAUCAAUAGAGAGUUUAAAGACUUGGGGCACAAGUUUGCAUAUGAUGUGCAUGCGUUUUGCAUUUGCUGAUUUACUUUUAAAGGUGCAAAUUUAGGAUGCUUUUCAGAGGGAGGAAAACAGAGCUUUCGCUCUGAGCUAUGGGGCAUUUGCAGAAUUUUCUGGGCCCUGUACUUUUGGGUGGGUCAGGCCAUUUCCCCCACCUAGGCUGAAUCUAGACACACACACACACAUUCUGUGAAAAUGCUUUAAUUUUUAAAAAUAUAUAUAUAUUGAAUUUGCCAUUAGCUCACCAUCGCCAUCUAGCGCCACUUUUGUACAAUGCACUUAAAACUCACUCAAAACAUUAGAUUUGCAACUGUAUAGCCGAAUCCCUACACCCUGUUAUCACAAAUGGCUGCUUGUGUACUAUGAAAAGUAAAGGAAGUACCUUUGGUCAAAUUAAGAUGACAAGCAGCCGGGGUCACACUGAUUUUGCGCCAGGAUGAGAAAACCUGUCAAUUCUUAUGUCUCUCAGUUUCCCAUUUUUCUACUCUUAAGUUCAUACCAGAGAUGGAGGGAACAGUGUCGCCCACCCCAUACUGUUGCGACUCCAACUCCCAUCAGCCUCAGCCAGUAUGGCCAAGAGUCAGAGGUGAUCAGGGUUAGAGUCCAGCAACAUCUUGAGCUCCACCAUUUCCCUGAUUUAGACGACCUGCAAUGUUGACCCUGUCCUUCCAUUCCCUUGAGUGAUUGACCUGGUAUGUGUGAUGGUAGUGCUUUGGUCUAACUGGCCAAUUCAUAACUGCAAUUCAGUGUCCCUGUAAUGAGCGCCAUCUGGGAAUCGUUUCAUGCAACUGGUAGCAGUGGUUACAUAUUCUCAUGACCACUGCUCCUUGUGCAUUCUUCUAAUCUAUGGGGUAUGUACCUUUGUUCUUCUUAUUGUAGUUGUAGCAUAUGGGUUGUAAUGUGUGAAGUUUAUAUAGUUUUCAUGUACACAGGUCAUUGUUUCAUAUUUGAAUUCUUUUGUAGUUGUGCUGAAGAAGAUUCCAGCGAAACAGUCAGAUUAUCCGGAAUCACUGUCCUACGUUGUUAUUCACUUACUACUUCGGCACCAUGAAUGCCUAAAAAAGUUUUACCGCUUAGCCAACAGGAUAGCAUCUAUUACUUUGUUUCAACCAUAGACUUAAUAUACUUCUACAGACUUUCAAAGAUUGAUUUGAUUUCAAAUAUAUUAGAGAAUUUACAAGUGUACACAUUUUGUUUUUGUUGUAGUAAAUCAUGUAUAUUAUGCAAUAAGAAUUGCAGUGCUAUCUAGUAUACUGGUCUUCGUGUUGCUUGUAUUGUUUGUUGGUCUAACUGGCGACUCUUGCGUCUUUCAGGGUGGAAGAUGAUUUUCCUCCAGCUCAUCCUCCUCCUCGUCUUCCUCCCUCUCGUCACUCCAACCUGCCCUGAGCCCUGCCUGUGCGCCUCCACUCUCAUUGACUGCACGGCAAAAGAUCUUAUGCACAACAACCUCCCCACCUCCUUCCCUCCCUCGACCACCAAGCUCUACCUCAACCACAAUAAUCUCACCUCCAUCCCCAAUGGGCUCUUUGACAACCUGAAAGACCUCCAGGUGGUUCACCUGUGGGCAAACCCCUGGGAAUGUGACUGUCACAUCCUCUACCUGCGCUCCUGGCUCCAGUGGCAGCAGAACCGGAGCUUUUACAGGAACGUCAUAUGCUUAUCCCCCUCCCAUCUUCAAGGCAGGAUCAUCAGCUAUUUGUCGGAGGAUGAGAUCAUUUCCACCUGUCAGUACUGGUAUUGUGGUGUGGCGCUCAUCUCUCAGAUGUGCCUUUUCAUCUUCCUCCUCAUGCAAGCAGUCCUGCUUCUCCUGGUCAUCGUCUACCUGCGUAGAAUUCGAAGGAUAGCCAAGGAAGCCAGGCGAACGGUCACUGAAUUCGACGAACGGGGAGAUACGUGGUCGACUCAUUCUCGAAAGGGUGCAGACUGAUCAACGGGUUGGAUGUGUGGGAGAAGAGGGGAGUUCAGCAGAAGUCCACUUGUGGAUGAGAUGGCUUUGUUUCAGUAGUAUUGAAAACAAAAAUACGCAAUAUUCAGGUGGCUGGUUUUUUUUUUAAAUUGGCCCAGCUUUGUAUGAGAUAACAGUGUCAUCAACACAAAGGAGAAUAAAGACUUUUGGGGAUUAAUAUGACAGCCAAAAAUGGGAACUUAUUUAAAGAUAAUUAUGAAAAAUGUUGGACGGAAGUGAAAAAAGACUUAGAAAUUUGGUCAAAUUUGAAACUUUCAUUGUUGGGCCGCAUUGCUGUGAUAAAAAUGAAUGUAUUGCCAGAAUGCUGUUUUUAUUUCAGACAUCGCAAAUUGUGGACAAGAUGGACUGUUUUAAGAAGUGGCAGAGAGAUAUUUCUAGAUUUGUCUGGCAGGGCAAAAAGCCCAGAAUAAAAUUUAAGAUACUAACAGAUGCAAAGGAAAGGGGUGGAUUUGCCCUGCCAGACCUUAAACUUUAUUAUGAAUCAGCAGCUUUUUGCUGGUUGAAAGAAUGGCUACUUCUUGAAAACACAGACAUUUUGGAUUUAGAAGGUUUUAACAAUGUAUUUGGAUGGCAUGCAUAUUUAUGGUAUGAUAAGGUCAAAGCACACAAAGCAUUCAAAAAUCAUAUUGUCAGGAAAGCAUUGUUUAAUGUCUGGAUAAGAUAUAAAGAUUUAUUGGAAAAUAAAACCCCAAGGUGGCUGUCACCAAUGGAAGCAAAAGCUCUGAAAAGGCUCAAUAUGGAGGCCAAAUGGCCGACAUAUUGAGAAAUUUUGGAACAAGAAGGAGAUAAAUUGAGAUUGCAGAGUUUCGAAAAACUAAAAAACAAAGUGAGAGAUUGGCUUCAUUACUAUCAGAUAAUGGAGGCAUAUAAUUUGGAUAAGAAAAUUGGCUUCCAGGUGGAAAAGUCAAAAUUAGAAACAGAACUGCUAGAAUCCAAAACUAAGAAUUUGUCAAGAAUGUAUAACUUGCUGUUGAAAUGGAAUACUCAGGAUGAAAUGGUAAAAUCUGCUAUGAUUAAAUGGGCACAAGAUGUUGGACAUAAUAUUAUGUUUGCUGACUGGGAACAGUUAUGGACCACAGGUAUGAAGUUUACGGCAUGUAAUGCCUUAAGAGAGAAUAUUAUGAAAAUGAUAUACAGGUGGUACAUGACCCCAGUCAAGCUUGCAAAAAUCUAUCAUUUGCCCGAUAAUAAAUGUUGGAAAUGUAAAGAAACUGAAGGUACAUUCUUUCACCUUUGGUGGACGUGCCCAAAGAUUAAGGCUUUCUGGGAAAUGAUUUAUAAUGAAUUGAAAAAGGUAUUUAAAUAUACCUUCCUGAAGAAACCAGAGGCCUUUCUUCUGGGCAUUGUCGGCCAAUUGGUGCCAAAGAAGGACAGAACUUUUUUUAUGUAUGCUACAACAGCAGCAAGAAUACUCAUUGCAAAGUAUUGGAAGACACAAGAUCUACCCACUCUGGAAGAAUGGCAGAUGAAGGUGAUCGACUACAUGGAAUUGGCAGAAAUGACUGGUAGAAUCCGAGACCAGGGAGAAGAGUCGGUGAAAGAAGACUGGAAGAAAUUUAAAGACUAUUUACAGAAAUAUUGUAAAAUUAAUGAAUCUUAGAAGGAUGUUGGAUAGAAACUAAGUGGUUUCCAGCUGUAAUGCUUUAAGAGAUACGAAAAAAAGUUUCAUAAAUGGGUAAAAGCUUAAUGGUAAGGAUUUGCUGAACUAAUAAACUGAACUGGAAUACAAAAAAGGGAGGUACGAGGAGGUCCGGGGAAAUAAGUGUAAGGAAGAUAGGCUAUGGAAAAUUAAUGUGUUUUUAACUGUUCUUAUUUUGUAUGUUUCUUUUUAUUUUUCAUUUCUUUGUUAUAUUUUCUUGUAUUUUUACUUUUUGUUUUUGUGUAAUUCUUGUAUUCUUUGAAAUUUUAAUAAAUAUCAUUUAAAAAAAAAAAAGACUUUAGUUAGCCCAGUCUUAGGUGGAUGAGAUGGUAUGGGGAAGGUCCGUCAAAUAUAGAUUAAAUAAGGUGGGAGAAAGAACACAUCCUUCUGUCAGUGAGAUGUCCCUGGUUAAAUCAGUGGACCUUUACUAAUGUGUUAUGGUACCGUGAUUGGAUCAAAAGUACAGUGGUACCUCUGGUUACAGAUGUGUCAGGUUACAGACUCCGCUAACCCAGAAAUAAUACCUCGGGUUAAGAACUUUGCUUCAGGAUGAGAACAGAAAUCGUGCGGCGGUGGUGGGAGGCCCCAUUAGCUAAAGUGGUGCUUCAGGUUAAGAACAGUUUCAGGUUAAGAACGGACCUCCAGAACAAACUAAGUUCUUAACCCGAGGUACCACUGUAUAAGCCUCUGUCGAUGGAGUGCUGUUCAAAUUUGCUCCAAAGACAAACCUGCAAUAUGGAACCAAAGGCAGAUUUUCAAUCAAUAAAAGGGUUUGCCCCCUUUUGGAGCAAGUGGACCACUAACAAACAAUGGCCUUAAAAAAAAAAUCACUAAUCCAAGCUUUUUGUUUAAGGCCUAAGAAACCUGCAUAAAGUUUCCCAGCUAUGGAUAACAAGCUGGUAUGUCCAUAGUUUUAAAACAAAUAUAGCAGACUUUGUGGAGCCUCCAGUGAUGUGGGGUUGGGGUGGGCCGGGGGAAAAGCUCUGUUAGUAAUUCUUGAAAUGAGGAUGGGGUCUGGGAGGGGGGCAUCACAAAUGACACUCUGUUUUGUGCUGUGAAAUGUUGCAGUUUAGGAGAAAAGUUAGAGAUAAUAACAAAAUACUAAGGUUUCGUUUUCGUUUUUUAAAAAUCACUGAAUCCAUCUGUUGUCAAUCCCUCAUCCUAUGCCCAUUACAAAAUAAAAGAAUAAAUCACAGCUACC